AGGAAGUUGCAGCCAUGGUCAUCUCGGGGGUCGGCGAGGACAGAUGGGAAUAUUCGGAGGUGGCCUUACCGACUACUCAGUGCAGGUCAGAUGUCCGACCAUGUUCGCGACCUGCGAUAUCGUGUGGCCGGCGUAUGGUCAGAUUCGUUGCCUCAAGAGAGAGCCCGCCUAACAUAGAAGAUCCGGCCUAGCCUGCAUCCGGGGGAACUUGAGUUCGGACCUGGCAUGUGCCUAUAAUAGUCCAGCAUAGAAGGGAGGAGAACAUACAUGAAUUGCUAACGAGGCCAAGCGAGAAUGCACCGAGCGCGAUAGAAGCCUGACGAUAUUUGAGAUCGGGGCGCCGGCUCUCAGGCGAUCUCAGAUGCUUCUUGAGGCCGUUGCGGUCUUGUGCCGACAGCAGUAUGGUCGCCAUCAGCGGAAGCAGAACAUACUUCACGUCGCCUAUAAUAGGUGCGCCUGCUUUUUCAGGCGUAAGGUAAACUUUCAUCUACACACGGUGCAGGUCAUGCGCACAUGGACUCGGCGCGAUGGACUCGCUCAGCGACAACUGGCGUGGAACAAGAGGUCGUGUCUGCGAAAUGACGGUACCGCAGUGUGACCAUGCUCUGGUUCGCGAAAGAUGAUAUUAUCUACACAGGAGCUGGACAAAACGUCGUCUGCCUGGACUCUGCGAUGCAUUGGCGGAAGCCGUCGUUAUCUCACACAUGGAUGUCCGGGAGAUACGCCUACCGAUAACCCUCAAGUGUAUGUCGAUAGCGGCACGCAACAUGUAUGUGGGAUUCUCGGAGGGACAGACAUGAGGUGACACGUGCUUCGCAAUGGAAGCCAUUUGAGAUGCGCCGGUGAUCCCAUCGAGGGCUUCUGCCUGCUUGGAGUGCGUUACGACCUGAAAGCGUCUCGUCGAAUGCGCACCUGUCCAUCUCACUCCAUGUCGUCUACUCGACAAUGUGGAGAUAUAUAAGUAGCUCCAGAACACAGUCUAACUGCGCUUCUUGUCCCCGCUUCCGACAAUCUCCCUCCGGAUACCGACCAUGACGAUCUCUGCAGCAUCCGUCGUCGGCCACACUACCGCGUCCUCUCCGAGACCGCAUAUCCUCUACACUGUUGAGGUCAAGACGACGGAUGGCAAAACGUCCACCAUCUCCAAGCGCUACUCCGAGUUCGUCGCCCUUCACGAUACCCUCAAUGACCCGGGCUCCCUCCCGCCCAAGCGCGUCCUCGCGACCAUCUUUGUUCCGUCGGCAUGGCUCGACGACGCCCUGAUCACGGAGCGCAAGGCCGGCUUGUCCGCUUAUCUCACCGGGCUCCUUGAAUUGCCCCAGUUUCGCGCACACAAGUCCCUCGUCGAGUUUCUGACGCCUUCCAAGCCCUCGCCUAACUCCUCGCGCGACUUCAGCCCAGAAGAUGCUAUCCCGUCUACGCUCUCGCGAAAGGCGGCGUUGGAAGUGCAGAAGGGCAUCUCGGCCGAAGCUACGCCCAUCGUGGCAGCGUACUACCCCGAUUGGGCGUCGGACAGUAAUCCGCCAGGUUCCCUAGAUUUCUCUAAAUUCGAUAUCUUGCUCUUCGCAUUCGCCACUCCCAACUCGUCCUCUGGCAUUUCUUGGGAUUCCGGUGCCACGAGCACCCUGAAGACGCUCGUUUCUGCGGCGCACAACAGCGGCCAUGCCACGAAGAUCGUGCUGUCCAUUGGCGGCUGGGGUGGAAGCUACUACUUCUCACAGGCGAUGAGCACUUCCGCGAACCGCACGACAUUUGUUAACGCCUGUGUUAGCGCGGUCAACACGUACAACCUCGACGGUAUUGAUAUCGACUGGGAAUACCCCAACGAGUCCGGCGCAGGGAACCCGUUCUCUUCAUCCGAUGCUGCGAAUCUCCUGUCUUUCUUCAAGUCCCUUCGCACUGCGCUCGGCUCGUCCAAGAUCAUUUCCGCCGCCGUCACCCAAUUGCCAUGGACCGGCUCAAACGGCAACCCGCUCACCGACGUCUCCGCAUACGCCUCUGUUAUGACAUACGCCAACAUCAUGAACUACGACGUCUGGGGCGCGUCAUCGACUCCUGGCCCGAACGCGCCGCUCGGCAACUUGUGCGGCAACUCUUCCCUCCCGCAGUAUUCGGCCCAAGCCGCGCUCGCGCAGUGGACAGCUGCGGGCUUUCCGGCGUCGAAGCUCGUGCUCGGCCUCCCGCUCUACGGGUACGUCUCCCAGAGCACGAAGACGACCCUCGAGGACAUCGCGCGCCCCCCGGUCGGGUUCGACGUCAAGGCGUACAAGGAGCAGGUCCUCGGUCUGCCCGACCGCGGUCUCGCUUGCCCGCUCCCGCGGGUGAAAGAGGACGCGCAAGGCGAGGAAGAGGGUGGGGAGCCGAACGCGCUUCAUGGAAAGCACGAGAGGAGCAAGGGAAAGAAGAAGGACGUGUCGGCGGAGGCGUCGGGCGAUCUGAGCAGCUACUUCGGCCAGCAGAUUCCGUUCAACCAGAUCGUCGCGCUUGGCGCGCUCCAGAAGACGUCUUCGGGCACGUACGUCCAAGCGAACGGGUACACCGAGGGGUGGGACAACUGCAGCGACACGCCGUUCUUGUACAACACGUCGCGCAAGACCGUUGUGACGUACGAUGACACCUACUCACUGGGCGACAAGGCGCUGUUCGCGAAGCAGAACGGCAUGGCUGGGUGCUUCACAUGGUCACUCGAUCAAGACGACGGAUACACGCUGCAGAACGUCAUCCGGUCGAAUCUCGGCCUCUGAGGCGGACCUUCCGACUACGAGAUACAACCCAAACUUCUUACGGCAUGAAUUCACGACGUUUUUGACGACCUCAUGACGACACGACCAGGCAUGUACAUACGUAAUUUGUCAACUUUGGGAUCAUGUUGGCUGUUUGUAGGCAUACACGAAACUUUUGACGUUCAUAUGUAUCCAUACUACUUCUUG